AUGGCAGAAUCACCAGGCCUCAUCACCAUUUGCCUUCUUGGAUAUCUACUCAGUGCUGAAUGUACAGUUUUUCUUGAUCAAGAAAAUGCCACCAAAGUUCUGAGUCGAUUGAGGAGGUAUAACUCAGGGAAAUUGGAAGAAUUUGUUCGAGGAAACCUUGAGAGAGAAUGUUUAGAAGAAAGAUGUAGUUUUGAAGAAGCACGAGAAGUUUUUGAAAACACUGAAAGAACUACUGAGUUUUGGAAGCAGUAUGUUGAUGGAGAUCAAUGUGAGUCUAAUCCAUGUUUAAAUGGCGGCAGUUGCAAGGAUGAUAUCAAUUCCUAUGAAUGUUGGUGUAAACUUGGAUUUGAAGGAAAGAAUUGUGAAUUAGAUGCAACAUGUAACAUUAAGAAUGGCAGGUGCAAGCAGUUUUGUAAAAAUGGCACUGGGAACCAGGUGAUUUGUUCCUGUACUGAGGGAUACAAGCUUGCAGAAAACCAGAAGUCCUGUGAACCAGCAGUGCCCUUUCCAUGUGGAAGAGUUUCUGUUCCAUUCACUUCUCAGAAGCUCACUCGUGCUGAAACAAUUAUUUUCAAUAUGGACUAUGAAAAUUCUACUGCAGCUGAAAGAUUUUUGAAUAACACCACCCAACCAUUUAAUGACUUCAGUCGGGUUGUCGGUGGAGCAGAUGCCAAACCAGGUCAAUUCCCUUGGCAGGUUCUUUUGAAUGGUAAAAUUGCAGCAUUCUGUGGAGGUUCCAUCAUUAAUGAGAAAUGGGUCGUGACUGCAGCCCACUGUAUUGAACCUGGGGAUAAAAUUGAGGUUGUUGCAGGUGAAUAUAACAUUGAUAAGAAAGAAGAUACAGAGCAAAGGCGGAAUGUGAUUCAGGUCGUUACUCACCAGAACUACAAUGCAACUAUUAAUAAAUACAGCCAUGAUAUUGCCCUGCUAGAACUGGACAAACCCUUAACAUUAAACAGCUAUGUGACACCUAUUUGCAUUGCCAACAGAGAAUACACAAACACAUUCCUCAAAUUUGGAUCUAGCUACGUGAGUGGCUGGGGAAGGAUCUUCAACAGAGGGAGACCAGCUUCCAUUCUUCAGUACCUGAGAGUCCCAUUUGUUGAUCGAGCCACAUGCCUUCGGUCCACAACAUUUACUAUCGAUAAAAACAUGUUCUGUGCUGGCUACCAUGAUGGAGGUAAAGAUUCAUGUCAAGGAGAUAGUGGAGGACCCCACGUUAGUGAGGUGGAAGGAACCAGUUUCUUAACUGGAAUUAUUAGCUGGGGUGAAGAGUGUGCAAUGAAAGGCAAAUAUGGAAUCUACACCAAGGUAUCCCGGUAUGUCAACUGGAUUAAGGAAAAGACAAAGCUCACUUAA